AAUGCGAUCCUUAGGAUACCGACGACCGCAACCCUGAAAGGAGAAGAAGAGGAGGAAGAAGAAAAGUUUCGGGAAGAGUAGGAGGGAGGGGACUCGGGAGUGCAAGUGUAGUAAUCCAACAGCGAGCAUGACCGACGCUGAGGCGCAGAGCGCUCCUCCACCGGCACCUGUGGAAGAGAAACCACAGCCAGAGAGGAAAGUCAUAGGUGAGUGUGGGGAAAAAAGCGGUUUUGGUGUUGGUUUGACAAUCUUUAAAGCUGUCUUUAUAAGUUUGAAACUAAUGUGUGGAACUUAAGAGGGGGGAAAAUAAGCCUGACGUACUUUUUAUGAGAAAAAAUGGCUUUGUCAUGCGUGGGAGUUAAAAAGAAAUGCAAAGAAUUAUCAAUGAAAACUGAUAAUAAAAUACGACCAUCUUGAUUUUUUUCUUUUUUCUAAAUCAAGAUGGUCGUAUUUUUUUCUUUUUUGAGCAGCACGUGUCCCGGUUUGACACUUUGGUAUUGUUUGAAAGUGUUGAAAAGUUCACCCUUGACUUUAAAACAAAUAUCGUUUAAACUUUAAUCGAUGAGAAAUUUUAAUUCAUUGAUAAAAGUAGGUCAGUGGGACAUGACUAGUUUCUGACUGCAUCGAUUUACAUUUAUAUAUUUUGUGUCUUCUUUUAAUAUUCUCCAAAAAACGUCAUUUUAAGUAUCUUUUAGAGUGUUAACAUCUAACAUGUCCGCUUUUAACUUUUUCAAGCGUUUGAUUUGACUAGUAGUGGCGCGCGGGCCCUCACAGGUGCAAACUAAUUAACAGAGAAGGUAACCAAUUAGACGCAUUGAACAACGUCCAGGCUAACCGCUUGUCUCGAAAAGGUUCCUUGUAUUAUUUUUUUAGUGUAUUAAUGAUAAUUUUUAAGAGCGUAAAAUGUGUUGCUUUGUUUUAGCAACCCUCAACCCUCGUGACCCAGCACUGCCCUGGUUUCAAAGUCUUACUGUUAAUGAUUGACACACAGAGCUCUGAUUUCUUGUUGUAAGCAAGGCUGUCAUUGAUACAAGCGAGAUAACAGUCACCUAUAUUAUGUCUGAAUGGGGGUCUGACAAGUUCAGGAGAAGUGUUUAAUCAUGUGCUUCCUGCUGUCAUAGCCACCUUGGUCCAAGGCACAGUGAAGUGGUUCAAUGUGAGAAAUGGAUAUGGCUUCAUAAACAGGUGAUAUUUCCUCUUUAGUUUCGCUUUAAUAUUCCUUUUCAAGUGAGUUUCAACUUUGCCAAUGAGUUUCUUUUUCUCAGAAAUGACACCAAAGAAGACGUGUUUGUUCAUCAGGUAAGAAAAAGGUGCAUAGUUGAUUGAUUGAACAUCGUACGGCUUGAUUGAAUCUUUCAUUUAAUAUUAAAUUUGUUUCCUCAGACCGCUAUCAAGAAGAACAAUCCUAGGAAAUUCCUCCGUAGUGUGGGAGACGGAGAGGUUGUAGAGUUUGAUGUGAUUGAAGCGGCCAAGGUAAGAAGCUAAAAAUUGCAGUGUGGCCAAACAAUAACAUUUUAGAGUACACUGAAGUUAAAUUUAAGAUCCCUUCCCUCAGGGCUCAGAAGCAGCCAAUGUGACCGGACCAGGUGGCAUUCCAGUCAAAGGCAGCCGUUAUGCACCCAACAAACGCCGCUUCCGCAGACGAUUCUUCCCCCGCAGUCCCAGGCCUGGAGACCAGAGCAAACCUGCUGAUGGCCAGGCCCCAAGUGGCGAAGGCGAGGGAUCGGGGGAGAACGGGGUAAUGAGACCUCAGAUGCGCCGUCGGAGGCCUCGCAGACCACCACCUGAGGAUGUAAGCUUCUUGAAUAAGCAGAAAACUUGGAUUUUGACACAUGGGAGGCCAAAAUGUCUGAUAUAUUUAGAGACUUCAAACUGUGAGGGAGAUUUCAGAAAGUUUGAAACAUUGUUUUAAGGUUAAUGAUGGGAUACUUUUCUGUUUUUGAUUCUAUAGAUAUUGUAUAGUUGACUAAUCUGAGGUUUUGUCUACUUGCUCUACUCUAGGGUGAGGUCGGAGAACCAAAUGGAGAGGGUGAUCAAACACAACGGCCGCAGCAGCGUAGAUUCUGGCGCCCAUAUCGCCGGUGAAUUAACAAAAAUACACGCUGUUGUCAUUUUUUACGCCUUGUUGUAAAAAAACUAAACUAAAGAGCAGAUUGAUUAUUGAUAAUUGACAGGCCCUUCCGCCCUCGCCCGCCUCCCGAUCAAGCCGCAGACAGCCAGCAGGCCGAGCCAAAAGAGACCCAGGAGCAAGGUGAGGUGAAGCAGACAGAGACCUCAGAGGGUCCCCACACCAACGGAGAAACGGAGGAGGGACAGAAACAACGCCGCCAGUCCAGACGCCGCAGGCAAAGAAACUCCGAGUCCUCUACCUCUAAAGUGAGUCAGCCGGAGUUUAAAAUUGUUGGACUGCUUAAAGUUUGUAUGACUGCCAGAUAAACUUCUUACAAUCUUCUUCAGCGGUCUGUUUUCAAAAUAAUCCGUCCAAUUUGCCUCAAUUACAACAUUCAGCUCUGAAACAGGAAUUUAUGUCGGUAUUGAGAGGAUAUUGACCCCUGAACCAGAGGGGAGAGUAAAUGUUUAAAUAAGGCAUUUGUACAUAUUUAAGGAUUUCCUGGAAGUCAUGUUUGACGUUGCACGCUUAAUACAACCCCCCCUCCUUUUCAGAAUGAUACAGAGAAGUCUGCGUCAGAACCCGGAACCCCUCCUCAGACCUCAAAACCAGCAGACCUUAAACCCACAACAAAAUCUCCCAAAGCCUCUCCAAAAUCCUCUCCUAAAACGCCGAAAUCAACGGAGGUAAAGUCGCUAAAAACGCCUCAUUUUCCUGGAUUUGCACAAUCACUGUUGGAUCACACCACAAACAUGUUUCUCUUCUUGCAGCAGGCGGCCGCCACAACAGUCCCAGUAGCAACGGAGUGACACCAGGGAGAGGACAGUCACAUGACCCUUGGCAAGAGGUGGGGACCCCACGGUCAGGUGCCAGGUCUUGGGUCAGACAGGGUGGGAGACUUGAGGGUAUAAGGUUGCACUAUCUGUCAAAGAGGGAAAGAUGACGGAGGAUAGCUGCUCUGUCGUAACUUCUCUCAGGGGGAUGUUGGUAUUAAAGGGACAGUUCAAGUUUCAUGCAGAACUUUGGUUUACAGCUGGAUGUAAUCUCUUUUCUAUUCAGGAGUGUCUUUGUGUUUUAAAUUCUGUGUUUCUUUACCGUCUUCUCCCCGCGUCUCCUUUUGCCUGUCAUUAUUUGUUGUCUUUGUCUUUGUAGGUCCUAGGGUUGGAGGACUGGACCUAUUUCAGAACACAUGCACUGCUCUCCCCUCCCUGCACCCCCUCCCCACCCUCCAACCCACCUUGUCUUGCUGUCCUCCCCCUCCUCUCCCCUCUCAUUUCAUAGUGUUGUUGUUUGUGUGGACACUGACAUUCGGAGAGGGUUUGGGAAGAUAAAGAGGGGAGGGUACUUACAGGUGGGCGGUGGGUGAAUAUUUAGAAAUUUAAAAAGUACAUCUGUAGAAAAGAAAAAUGGGAAAGAAUGGACAAUCUGCUUGGUAGCCCAGUUAUUCCAACCCCCUUUAAAAUCUAAGUUUCUUUCAUUCCUAAAUAUGGGAAAGUUCGAGUAGUUUAUAGAAGAACCAGCCUUGAGUUUUAUUUAACUUUUUUAAUUUGGUUGACGAGGGGAAAACCAAGCAGGUGUGAGGUUGGUGGUGCAUUAUGGGAGUCAGUUUAGUUCUGUUACCACCUCAAGUCUAAAAUCUACUACUUCAUCUCCUCAUUUGGAGGAUAGAUUGAAAAGAAACUUUAUUUUUGUUGUUCUUAUUUGUGUGUGCUUUUCUUUGGAGGGGAUUAUGUGCAAUGUCAAUAAUUAAACUGCUAAUUAAUAAAUCCUAUUUGCAAACCUCAGAUUUAAAUCCUUCAUUCUUUUUUGAAUUGAAAUACUGAAUGCAACAGAUGGGGAAAAAAA